AUGCAUCCUGUCCUGUGUUUCCAGGAGUAUAGAGAUCCAGAUGUUGCCACAAAGGUAUGGCUACGUUCAGACCUGCAUACCGCACCACAGCACCACCGCGCCUCCGCUGUCGCCGUGCCGUGCCGCUCCAACGCCACCGGCGUGCGGGAGCGCCGCAGUGGCCCGUUCUACGUGGAGAUCCAUUCCGGGCCGGAACGGAUCAACCUCGGCACGUACGAGACGGCGCACGAGGCGACGCGCGCCUACGACCCGAUAGCCUGGCGCCUCGGCCGCCCCCGCGCGGAGAUGAACUUCCACGACGUCUAG